UCUUUCUCAGUUCUUAUUUAAAUAGCUGCCUUCUUCAAGAAAAAGGAAACAGAGAAAAUAUUAGCACCCAUGGCUUCAAAUCAAAAAACCAAUGCAUUCCUUGCAGAAGAAGAGUUCCAACCAGCAAGCCCUUCUUCAGAAUACCUCAAUAGCUCAGUCCUCUCUCUCACCAUUCUCGCCGUCUUUGAAUCGGAAAUACCCAUCGACGAUUCUGCCACCAUCACAUUACUCAGGGACCAGUUCCUACCAAUCAACACGCGCUUCUCUUCAAUCCUCGUUAGGGAUGAAAAAGGACGCCAGGUAUGGAAAAGAGCCCAUAUUCAUAUCGAAGAUCACGUAAAAGUCCCACACUUCCCAGCAGGAUUACCUCCCGAUUCCUAUGAUGGUUACUUACAAGAUUACUUAUCAAAGAUAGCGUUGGAACAGCUUCCCAAUAACCGUCCGUUGUGGGAAAUCCACAUAAUCAAGUACCCCACAAGCGAUGCACCAGGGACCAUAGUGUUCAAGCUGCACCAUGCACUUGGAGAUGGAUUCUCUCUAAUGGGUGCUUUGUUUUCUUACCUUAAGAGAGCCGACGAUCCAUCUCUUCCUCUCACCUUCCCUUCUUCUUAUUCAUCUAAGACGGGUUCGGAGACAUCACGUGGGUCGAUCUUCCACAUAUGCAACAAAGUUUCCAACAUUGUUGCUGGUUGUUGGUACACUGCUUCCGAUUUCGUUUCGAGCGUACUGCAUAGUACUUUGUUGGAAGAUGAUCGGACGGUCAUCCGUUCUGGAACGCCCCAAGUCGAGUUUAAGCCGAUUUCUAUCUCGACCGUUACCUUCUCCCUCGAUCGUGUGCGCGAAAUUAAGUCCAGAAUCGCAGGAACAGUGAAUGAUGUAGUGGUUGGGGUAAUAUUCUACGCAAUCCAGUUAUACAAGCAGAAGAUGGUGGGCCACAGAAGUGAUGGAGGAGAACGUAUGACAGCAUUGGUGUUGCUGAACACAAGGAUGAUCAACGGUUACCAGAGCGUCAAUGAUAUGUUAAGUCAGAAGACAUGGGGCAACCAUUUCACCUUUCUGCCCAUACCUAUCCCUUGUUGCAAGGAUACAGACAAUGAAAAUCCCUUGAAAUUCAUCAACAAAGCCAAGGAAACCAUCAAGAGAAAGAAAAACUCACUGGCCGUUUAUCUAACUGGUAGACUACUAGACACGUUGAGAAGCAUUCGAGGCCCCAAGGCUGUUUCUCGAUACUCCCACUCGACCCUAAAGAACACAAGCAUCGCAAUUUCACAUAUGGUGGGCCCCAAGGAGAAGCUGGCGAUAGGAGGGCAUCCAAUAAAGGGCCUCUACUUCACUGUGGUGGGCGCCCCUCAGAGUUUGGCUCUAACAAUACUGAGUUACAUGGGGAAUUUGAGGGUUAUGGUAGCAGCUGAGAAAGGAUUUAUUAACUCCCAACUGCUCGUAUCUUGCCUGAAAGAAGCCUACCACAACAUCUACAGAGAGGCUUGUGGUAUUGAAAUCACUGAAACCAAAUGAACAUGUAUUAAGUGUUGUAUUGGAGCUCCAACACAACAAUUUAUUUUCUGCUAAUUUGUCACUUCGGUGGUACUUCAACACCAUGAAAAUAAUGCAGAAUACCAUGAAGAUCCCCUGUGGCGGAAAUUGGAACAAUCCACUUCAGUGGGCCAGAAGAGACACUCAUCCAGACUAUCAUCUGUCCGUUGAUUUUGACAGUGGAGCCUCAUUGAUGAAUGGAUCAUCCUGGGUUUCACCACAGGUGAUCGUUGCAAUAAAUGUAAUAUUGGCAGUAAAGAAAGUAUUGUGUAUUAAAGUUACCAAACAAUAAUCAAAUUUGCACAAUCUGAUAUUUAUUUCUUUGCAUUCAUGCUGCCAACUAGAUGAGUAAACACAAACCUCUGUCGAAACUUAAAUAAUGUAUGUAUCCCAUUCAUAGAUGGCACAGACAACGUACAAGUCACAUGAGUCUCAAAUCCAAACCACCCAAAUUGUGGGACCAACAGUAGAUCACUGACCAUAUCUGCAAAAUCAGAUUGAUUAGACAAUCUGGAUGAUUUUUUAUGUAUGUUUCAUUUUCACUGUCAAUUAGAUAUCCAAGUGGCAAACUAGGAUUAUACACUUGAAUAAGUUCUAUGUUAUAAUCCAUCUACAGUAGGUCCACUGUUUGGACGAUUCAGAUUAGAGGGCUCACUGUUUGGGAACUAAUAUUUUGCAAGAUUGUCUGAAAUUUAUAAUCAUGAACUGCUUUAAGGAUAGGAUUUGUAAGAUAGAUUGUAUGCAUUACUAGCACCCCUUGACCAGAAUAGACGUGCAGCUAUGUUGGAGAUGCUUAGAUAUAACUUACAUAAGGAUA